UUGCCCUCGCCCCCGGAUUGGCCGAGCCGCGUGAAGUGUGCUGGCGUCACGGGAGCGCGUGGGCGCCGGUGCCGGGUGCGGGGAGGCGACGCGGAGGCGGGGCAGAAUGUCAGUGGCCGCUUACUGUAUAUUUUGCUGUAGAAAAGUAGGAACCUCUGGUCCAGCCACAAAAAGCCACCUACCCUGGAAUGAUAUCAGAAAAAUUGCAAAGCUAACUGGAUCACUUAUAUUAGGAGGUUUUGUAUUCAUCACAUAUGAAGUUCUGUCCUUAAAGAAGUUACUAAAAAUUGAUACUCAAGCUAUACAUCAAGAAAAACUUAAAUCUUAUAUAUAUGUACGUACAACUUCUCUGGAUCCAAGUGAAUAUCAAGGGAUCACGUACCAAGCCAGAAGAGAAAUCCAUAGAGCGGUAAGGAAAAUUCUAGAAACAGAAGCUAAAAUUCUCCGGAGACCUUUUAGUGAACACUUCAGCACAUUUGAUGGAGAAGAUCAUGAAUGUGCUUUAUGGCUCCUUUUAAAGAGAAGCCAGUCGGAAGACAAAGAGGUCCGACUGCAGGCUGUCCAAGACCUCGCAAAGAACAGUCAUUGGCAUGAUUAUCAAUACAGUACAGUUGCUCAAGCCUGUGAUCAAAGGACUGCUAUAGGUUUGGCUCGGUCCAAAGAUAUUGACCUUCGAUUUUUCCUGCCUCCACCACCAUUGCCAAAAAUAAAGGAUGAUUAUCCCAUAGAAGAUGAACUUCGUUUGUUGUUAGUAUCUUUACCUCAGACUGGUAUUGAUCCAUGUGUCCGGUACUUCACAUCUCUCGCAUUACGUGAAAGUAGUCAGACUCUUGCUGCAAAAAGGGGAGGCUUAUGGUGUUUUGGAGGAAAUGGACUUCCAUAUUGUGAGACGUUGAGUAAAAUUCCUUCUGAGACAGUAGAACUCUUCUGCUUGCAAGCAUUAGUGCAACAUUCUAAGGUGUCUUCUCACUGUGAUAAAAUUGAAGCAAAAGGAGGCUUGCAGCUACUACAGAGGAUAUACCAGCUACGUAAAGAUUCUGCAAAAAUACAAAGGAACAUAAUUCGCAUUAUCGGAAAUAUGGCUUUGGAUGAACGUCUUCAUUCAUCCAUAGUACGUGCAGGUUGGGUUUCUGUACUUGCUGAAGUAAUGAAAUCUCCGCAUGUUAUUCAGUCUUCUCAUGCAUCCAGAGCUUUGGCUAACCUGGACAGGGACACAGUGCAAGAAAAGUAUCCAGAUGGUGUUUAUGUUUUGCAUCCACAGUAUCGUAGCAGUCAGCCCAUCAAAGCAGACAUCCUUUUUGUUCAUGGUCUUUUGGGAGCAGCAUUUAAAACCUGGCGACAACAAGAUAUAGGCCAGCCUGUGGCUCAAAAGGCUUCAGAAAGGGAAGAGGACUAUAGCCAGUGCUGGCCAAAGACAUGGUUGGCGUCAGACUGUCCUGCCCUUAGAAUUAUAUCUGUGGAGUAUGACACCCAUCUGAGUGACUGGAAAGCAAAAUGUCCUGUUGAGGCUCAUAGAAAGUCUAUUGCUUAUAGGAGCAACGAGCUUCUUGACAAGCUCAGAGCUGCUGGCAUUGGAGAUAGACCUCUAGUAUGGGUCUCGCAUAGCAUGGGUGGUCUUCUCGUCAAAAAGAUGCUUGUGGAUGCUUCCAAGAAUCCAGAAAUGGAUAAAAUUGUAAACAACACCAGAGGAAUCAUAUUUUAUAGCGUACCUCACCAUGGUUCCCAGCUGGCUGAAUAUUCUAUAAAUGCCAGAUAUCUUCUCUUUCCAUCUGCGGAGGUUAAAGAACUCAGCAAGGAUUCUCCAGCCCUUAAAGAGCUGAACGAUGACUUUCUGUCUUUUGCCAAAGAAAAGAAAUUUCCAGUGCUGAGUUUUGCAGAAACCUUACCAACACACAUAGGCAGCAUGAUAAAACUGCACGUCGUACCUCUGGAAUCAGCAAAUUUGGGUAUUGGAGACCUUAUUCCAGUGGAUGUUAAUCAUCUAAAUAUUUGUAAGCCAAAGACGAAGGAUGCUUUCCUGUACCAACAUACGUUGAAGUUCAUUCAGGAGGUUUUAGUCAGAGAACUUGGCAAUUGAGUUUUUACAACACCACUGCUUAUUUCAUCCAUGUGAUGUAACACAGAAAAGUUCUUCCCCAACACUUGUUAAGAGGUCUGCAGAACUGCAAAGAUGUUAUGUGAACAGUAUCUGCUGCUAAGAUAAUUUUCAGUACACCUCCAACUCGGAGAACUCCACAUCUUAUUUCUGAAAUGCAUUCAAAAUAAGUACAGACUGAAACACAGUACUAUAACUUUGUAAAAAGAGAAAUAACGUUGGCUUCGAGUGACCAUGAUUUAUUGACAAAGUGUGCAUAAUUUCUCCAGCAAUUUGGCAGGGAAGGGAUGGGGAUUCAAUGGAACAGAAGCGUCACUUGGUAGUCUACAACUAUCCAUUUGGAGCAGCACCACUAGGCUAUGGAGGGUGCCCAGUGCACCUCCUUUUUAGCUAAGAGAUGUUUCUUUGAAGGUAGUUGUUUUCAUUAAGGUGAAUCUACAUCUGGGAUUAAAGUCUUACAGAGAGGAUUAGAAACAACUAACUGAGAUGAUUAUCUGUUGUGUCAAAGGGGGAAAGAAGCAUGUGGCCAUCCUAAAGCAUUGGUUUCUGCCCAUGCUAGGGAGUCUGACAGAAGCCUGGGGGAAUUUGUCCAAGUGACUGAAAAUAGGAUUUGGAUCGGUGGCCUAGAUAUGGGAGUUUUUGUAAUUUGCCCUUUUGUUGAACAGAUCCGGGCAGACUUGUUAGCAAAUGCAACAUGUUUUCUGCGUGAGGAGGUAGCAGCUUUGCUGAGUAGGAUGUCUUGUGUAAACAACUGUAGUUGUUUUAACCUGUUUGUAUAUAUUAAAAAAAAAAAAAAGGAAAAAAACCCCUUUCACGUUCUUGUAGAUUUCUGUUUUAAUGCUACCAACUUUUGAGAUUGCUUUCUUUGAGACAGUUUGAGUCUGGUCAGACUUGGUGCAGUUCUGCGCACUGUCACAUGGAAGAUACAGAACAGAGGCCUUGCUGUUAAUGUUCAGCUUCACUCUUGGGACAUACUGAGAAGAUGGUACACUUCAUUCUCCGGCUCAUGGUACUCAUUUAGAAGCUCUUUAGCUGAUUUAAAGAAUAGCAUUGAAAAUGCCCAAAUGGAAUAAGACAUCUGCAGGUCCUGACAAGAUGAUGCUUAGAGUGUGAAGCUCAGGGAGAAAAUAAGCAAAGCAGGAGAAAAUGCAGGUUUCACAAGGUCCCAUGAGAAAUGCAGAAGAUCCCAGGCAUUUUGGUUUCUUGAGGCCUAAGUGUACUUAUUCAUGUAGUAAAGAGGAAAAACAGCACUUUUGUCUUACGUAAGUUUUAUCAUUAUGUCUCUUUUUGCUAGAGGUCAUAAGGACACCUUAAUAAUAUUGAUGAGAAAUAAGUAUUCUUCAGAAAAAAAAUGGCAGUUUUCAGCCGUUUUUUUAAAGUCUUAAAUAAUUUGCAACAGUUCAGGGCAGCCUAGUUACAGUCUAAUUGUGGUCUCUUUCUUUCCACCUCCAGCUCUCUCUGAAGACAAAAAUAGGCUAUGGUUAGGCUGUACUCCCCUAGCUGACCAUUUCUCAAAUAAGGCUUUUAUUGAUGACAGGAAAGUCAGUAGAGAAGGCUUAAGAGGUCUCUUACCGUCGCUUAUGUGAGUUGGAUCUCGUAUUACUGGCCUCAAAAUUAUGGCUGUAAAAGCCACCAGACAAGUAGAAUGCACCUUGCGGUUCUGUGUGGGCUCAGUGCAGACGUCAGUGUUGGCUGCAGUCCUGCUGGCUCCUGAGGCUGCCUCAACUGUUCCCACCUUAGAGCACUCCAGUCCAGGAGGACACUAAGUCUGAAGAAGCACUUUUGGAAGUUCAGCUUCAACGUGCUGGACUUGCAUGGUAAAAUUCACAACCCACAGCAGUACAGAGAAUGUACAGCACUACACAUCAGAGAGCAUUUUUUUUUCUUCUAUAACCAAGAUAUAGGUAAGAAUAUUGGAUGCCACUAUUCCAGAUAGAAAAUGUAACAGAACCUUUAAAGGAGUUUAUCCUGUUUACACUGUGCUUAAACUUCAGAGUGUAAAUAUUUUAGAAUACUUUGUAUUCACGAAGAAGAGGGUAUGUGGAAUUCAGUUUGGAUAGACAAGACUUCCAGUAAUGGAAUGUAGUGUGACAAAGCCCAUAUUGACUUUAAUAGACUACUUUGGCUUAAAAGGAUUCAGAUCAAUGAUAUGACACUGUAAUCUUAUUCAGUAAAUGCUUCUAUGUUUUGUUGCUAUAACUGGAACUCUUGAGGCAACUUUCUCCUUUUUGUAACUGUAUGUUUACAUGUGUAGCUUUUAAAACUAAUAUUUUGAGUUGUAUGCAUUUUUUUUGUUUAGAAGAUAGUGCAUUUUUAAAAAUGUAUUAGAUAUGGUACAAAAUGCAGUAAAGGUGAAUGAUCUGCUAAAUGAAUGUACUUGAUCAUGUUCUCUUUCAUUAAAGACUUGUGGGAUUUUUA